CACGCUGCAAACGUACGGCCUGAUGGCCGCUAGUAACCCGGAAGUGUUGCCAUGGCGGCCGCUGCGGACCCGGUCAGCAGCCUGGUCUCGGUGCUGGAGUCGUACCGGGGCCGCGACCGAGUGAUCCGGACCCUGUGCUAUGGCUGCCAGCUGGCCGGGGGGGUCCUGGCCCGGAAAAGCCCCACGGAGGAGUCAGAGAUGGGCAGGCGGCUCCUGGCUGUGUCGGCCCAGCUGAGUCACUGCCGGACGGUGCUGCGCCUCUUUGAUGAUCUCGCCAUGCUCGCCUACAGCCGCCAGUACGGGCUGGGUGCCAAGACUAGCAUUGUGACCAUGUCCGUCAGCAGUCACGAGAACCGCAAGUCCCGUUCCAGCUCUGGCUCCAUGAACAUCCAGCUUUUCCACAAGCCGGGCCAUGCCGACAGCCUCCUGACCCAGCUCAACCUGCUGCGCAGGCGGCAUCUUUUCACCGACGUGGUGCUCCGGGCAGGGAACCAAGCCUUCCACUGCCACCGGGCUGUGCUGGCCUCCUGCAGCCGGUACUUCGAUGCCAUGUUCAGCGGGGGGCUGAAGGAAAGCAAAGACGCGGAAGUCAACUUCCACGAUUCCCUGCACCCGGAGGUGCUGGAGCUGCUGCUGGACUACGUCUACUCGGCCCGGGUGCUGAUCAACGAGGAAAAUGCGGAGUCCCUGCUGGAGGCUGGAGACAUGCUGCAGUUCCAGGACGUCCGUGACGCCGCGGCCGACUUCCUGGAGAAAAACCUGCACCCAGCCAACUGCCUGAACAUGCUGCUUCUGUCGUACGCCCACUGCUGUGAGAGGCUGCUGGAGCUGUCCUGGAGGAUGGCAUUGGCCAACUUCGCAUCUCUCUACCAGACUGAUGACUUCCUGCGGCUGCCCAAAGACAAGUUGCUGGAGCUGGUGGAGAGCGAGGAGCUGGAGGUGGAGGACGAGAGCCUGGUGUACGAGGCAGUCAUCGGCUGGAUCCGGUAUGAAUUGCCACAGCGGCAUGAAGACUUGCCAGAGCUGUUGCGCUCGGUCCGCCUGGCCCUCCUGCCAGAGUCUUACCUACGGAACCAGGUGGCCUCCGAGGAGCUGGUGACCAGCCACAAGCUGGGAGGGGAGAUCGUGGCUGACGCCAUGCGCUGCAAGAUGAAGAUCCUUCAGAACGAUGGGCUGGUGACAGGUUUCUGUGCCCAACCUCGGAAGGUCAGCCAGGCCCUGCUGCUGCUCGGGGGCCAGACAUUCGUGUGUGACAAAAUCUAUGUGGUUGACCGUCAAACCAGCGAGAUAAUCCCCCGCACUGACAUCCCAAGCCCACGCAAGGAGUGCAGCGCCUGUGCCCUCGGCUGCAAAGUGUAUGUCACCGGCGGUAAGGGCUCUGAGAACGGCGCCUCUAAAGACGUCUGGGUUUACGACACUCUCCACGAUGAGUGGGCAAAAGCUGCGCCCAUGCUGGUGGCCCGGUUUGGCCAUGGCUCUGCUGAGCUGGACCACUGUCUCUAUGUCGUUGGAGGCCACACAGCGGUGAGUGGCUCCUUCCCAGCUUCGCCCUCUGUCUCUCUCAAGCAGGUUGAACACUAUGACCCCCAGUCGGACAAAUGGUCCCUGGUGGCCCCUCUCCGGGACGGUGUAAGCAAUGCUGCUGUGGUGGGGGCCAAAAUGAAGCUGUUUGUCUUUGGUGGCACCAGCGUGAACCAGGAGAAGCUGCCCAAAGUGCAGUGCUUCGACCCUGGCCAGAACCGCUGGACGGUGCCUGCCAGCUGUCCCCAGCCCUGGCGCUACACGGCUGCUGCUGUAGUGGGCAACCACGUGAUCGUGAUCGGGGGAGACACAGAGUUCUCGGCCAGCUCUGCGUACCGCUUCCACAGCAACACCUACCAGUGGUCCAAAUUUGGGGAUGUGACUGCUAAACGCAUCAGCUGUCGCGCUGUCACAUCUGGGAACAGGCUCUACGUGGUAGGGGGCUAUUGUGGGGCCCAGCGCUGCAAAACUCUGGACUGCUAUGACCCCUCCUCCGACACCUGGAGCAGUGUCACUACCGUGCCCUACUCCCUCAUCCCCACUGCCUUCGUCAGCACUUGGAAAUACCUGUCUGCCUGAGCCUCGCCCCGAGACUGGAAUAGUUUCACCAGGAGCAACAAGUUUCAUGUUCCACUUCCCCAAGAAUCGGCACACAAGACCUGGAGCACAACCUAUCAAGUCAUCGGGGUGCCCCACAAUCCAGUCCUCCUUCCUGCUGGGCAUGGAACCCAUCAGCACCAGGCGUGCAGCACAGGACCGUCCCCUUGGGUGUCAAAUAACUGGUUGCAAAGUCACAUUAGUUUCAGAGGGCUUAGGAUAGAUUCUAAAGGGAGCUUGGUGGGCAAAGCUCCAGCCAGGCUGGCUGCCCGGCUCUCCCUUGAGAAGCUGAUGAGGAAGGACAGAUUUUCCAUUCUUGCCCUUACAUGCUGCUGGGAUGUAGUCCUUUUCCUUCACAGUCAGUCACUUUUUUCAGUGCAGGCAUCAGCCUAAGAAGGGAGGAUCCCUUUGUGUUUCCCACAGCUGCCCCUGCACUGCCAGUAACGCGUGCUGUCACUAGGAUCUACAGCACUUUGGGAGGCAGGUGGCUGUUUCACAGCUGCGAGUGAGCAAACCCGUAUUUCUAAUGGAACUGUUGUUCACUAGCAGGGACAGAGAAGAUUCCUAGCCAGGAGCAGCUGGCCUCUGGGUUCUCUUGCAGCACCAGUGACAGGUGCAUGAAAUGUCUUAACACUUUGCAAGGGCCCGCAAGCUAGUUCUGUACAAUCUUUUUAUACAGCAGCCUGGAGCUGCUUCAAUAAACCCUAAUAAAACCCA